CGUGCGUGUGUAUAUAUAUAUAUAUAUAUAUAUAUGCAGUUGUGUAUAUGUGUGUGUGUGCGCCCGCGCGUGUGUGUAUGAAGGGGGGAGAGAGAAAGAGAGAGAGAAAACAGAGAGAGACAGAUCCAGCAGCCAGUGUAGAGUAAAGUGUGAUCCGAGGAUGGAUGCAGUCCCGUGCUGUCUCGCUUUCCUUCUUCUGUUCUUUAACGCUUGGAUUCACAGAGCUGAAGCCUUACAAUGCUACUGUCACCGCUGCCCGAAUUCGACGUGCAUCACAGACGGUCUGUGCUACUAUGCCAUCACCAGGUCAGCCAGCACGAUGAAGAAGGAUAGCUGGUGCAUCGGCGACAACGAGCUGAUCCCACGUGACCGACCUUUCAUCUGCGCACCAUCCAGCAGGGACAACACGGGCGUCUACCCCAUGUGCUGCAACACGGACUGGUGCAACAAGAACCCCAACUUCACUAUCGAGCCACCGACACAAGAGAAUCCUCCCACGCUGGGUCCUGUGGCUUUGGCGGCUGUAAUCGCCGGGCCUGUGUGCCUGCUCUGCUUCGUGCUGGUCACUGUGUUCUACGUGUGCCACAGCCGCUCGGUCAUCCACCACCGUGUGCCUAACGAGGAAGACCCGUCUAUGGACCACCCGUACAUCACCGUGGGCACCACGCUCAAAGACCUCAUCUAUGACAUGACUACAUCCGGAUCGGGUUCUGGUCUUCCGCUGCUGGUGCAAAGAACCAUUGCCAGGACCAUCAUCCUGCAGGAGAGCAUCGGUAAAGGCCGCUUCGGCGAGGUGUGGAGGGGAAAGUGGAGAGGAGAGGAAGUGGCCGUGAAGAUUUUCUCCUCUCGUGAGGAGCGCUCCUGGUUCCGCGAGGCUGAAAUCUAUCAGACAGUCAUGCUGCGUCACGAGAACAUCCUGGGCUUCAUCGCCGCUGAUAAUAAAGAUAAUGGAACAUGGACCCAGCUGUGGUUGGUGUCCGAUUACCACGAGCACGGCUCCCUGUUCGACUACUUGAACAGAUACACGGUGACGGUGGAGGGAAUGAUCAAGCUUUCCCUGUCCACUGCUAGCGGCCUGGCUCAUCUGCACAUGGAGAUCGUAGGAACACAAGGCAAACCAGCUAUCGCUCACCGAGACCUGAAAUCCAAGAACAUUUUGGUGAAGAAGAACGGCACUUGCUGCAUCGCAGACCUCGGUUUGGCCGUACGCCACGACUCGGCCACAGACACCAUCGACAUUGCCCCCAACCACAGAGUGGGCACCAAAAGGUACAUGGCCCCUGAGGUCCUUGACGAUUCAAUAAAUAUGAAGCAUUUUGAGUCGUUCAAGCGAGCAGAUAUCUACGCAAUGGGCUUAGUCUUCUGGGAAAUUGCAAGCAGAUGCUCGAUCGGAGGCAUUCACGAAGACUACCAGUUGCCGUAUUACGAUCUGGUGCAGUCAGAUCCGUCAGUGGAGGAGAUGAGGAAGGUGGUAUGCGAGCAGAAAUUACGGCCCAACAUUCCCAACAGAUGGCAGAGUUGUGAGGCUCUGCGGGUGAUGGCGAAGAUCAUGCGAGAAUGCUGGUAUGCUAACGGAGCUGCUCGCCUCACCGCCCUACGCAUCAAGAAGACACUCUCUCAGCUCAGCCAGCAGGAGGGAAUUAAAAUGUAGGCCUGCGCUCCGGGACAGCUACACACCUUGACAUAUUAUUCUACUGCUUUUGUUUUGUUUUGUUUUUGUUUUAUUUUAAAUAUCUGUUCAUUAUAAUGGUCAUUCUCAUUCUUCUGAUUAUCCAUGAAUAUUGCAUUACGACUUUUUUUCUCCGUGAAAGAGGGAGAGAAGGUCAUGAUGGACAUGAGCACUAAGAAUGAAGGCUCGUUUGGAUCUUUUUUUUUUCCUUCCUUUAGCUUUGUAUGAAAGACUUUAGCCAGUAAAGGUCAUUUAAUGGUCAGGUACUGUUUUUUUUUUCCUGUUAACCUUGGAGAGAUGAGAUCUGCUGGAUGUCUCGAUCGGGAAUUUGCACCUUGUGUUUUCUCUCUUUCCUCAACACUUUUUUUUUUUUGUACCUAUUUUUUUUGCUUUGGGUUUUUUUUUUCCCAACAAACUGGACAUGACCUCAUUCAGUCUUGGCAAACAUGCUGCAACAUAUGCAAUAUAGAGAAAUCCUAUCUUAUAUUUUAUAUCUUGAUAUGUUCUGUUACUACGGCAACAGUUACAACAGCUACAAUGGCAUCCGUGCCCUCCAAGCCAGGUGUUACCGGAAAGUGCCACUGCUUUAAACCAACGUUCCCUCAUGCCGUGGCUCGGCCCCUGUACCUUUCGCUGUCCGUCUAACCGGGAGAAAGAAAGAAAGCAGUAACGAGCGUCACCGUCGCGAAGGCUCGUCCGUCACGGAGUCCGUCUUUGUUAUUAUGCACACGCAGCGAACGUUAGCGAGGGGCCACCACACACAACUUGCUGGUGCCAUUUCUUCAGUUUUACAUCAUCCUUUUCCUAUUCGUCAUCAUCUUCAGUGCAGCACAGAGGGACGUUUCAGCUCAGACCUCAGUUCAUCUCCAGUAAAGCUGAUCACCGGGUCCCUGUUGCUAAACGGCAGCUGAGGAUCGGCUGUCACGUUUUUCGCUCCUCCCUGACACACCUGAUGCAGAAAAGAGGAUGGUCCGAGGUCUAAUGUGGUCGUGUCGGGCCUGUUUUUUUUUUUUUUUUCCCAGAAAGGCACUCUGUUUUUGUUCAUAACUGACACACAGAUUUGGAUGAACUGAGCUACUCUCACAGACUGGCGCUUAAUGCAGACGACUGGACGACAAUGUACAAAGUAAAAGCUAAAAGAAGAAGAUGAUGAAAUAAAAAAGAAACUCUGAGCAGUAUAACUAAAAACAAUGCAAUGUUUGAAGUUGAACACAUCAGCAUUAAUUGAAUUGCCAUGUAAAAAAAAAAUGUCUUUCUUAUGGUACUCUGUGUUUUCAGUGUUGAAGAGAUGAUGGGGUAUAUUCAUUUAUCUAUAUAGCAAAUAGAUCUUUUACUAAGCCAUAGAUUUUCCAGCAUUUUAUGGCAACCCUCUUUGUGUGUGCGUGCACGCGUGCGUGUAUGAGAUGUACAAUGUAAGCAAAAUCCUGUUGACUGCUUCAACUUUCUAUUGUGCAAGCCUUAAGGGACCAAUAGCAUUGUUUGUUCCUGUUUUGUAAAAAAAAAAAAAAAAAAAAAAGAAAGAAAGAAAGAAACAAGAAAUGAUUUCACUUAAUUGUGCUUAAACAGUAGGGUUAAUAUUGUGUAUAUUGGAGGGAUUAAAUGUAGCAACUGAUCGAGCAGUUUUGUUUGUUAUAUGUGUAGAAGGACGAUCUUUUUGCCACACAAAUAAGCUUAUGGUCACAACGUAAACAUCGCAUUCGAAAAGUGUCGCCGCUGAGCUCUGUUGUAGGAAAUCGACCAAUAAACGACGGGUGGGAAAUCUUCCUACAGCACAUACUCGAUGGGUACAACACGUUUUUAUUACUACACAUCAUACUUUUUGUUCAUUUCUAGAUACAUCUUGUUACAAGUUAGAUUGUGUUAAUCAAACAUACACCAGAAACAAUGACCUUAAAGACCUGCUACAGCUGUUAGUUCUUAAACUGAAAAGAAAACUUCACCACACUUUCUUAAAUCAAUCUCUGUGGAUCAUCUACUCUAUAGAAACGUUAACACUAUAUAAACAAAAGGUUUUCAGACACACACCCAUAAGUGACCGUAUGUGCAUCUUAAACAUCCACAUUUAGUCCCCAUUUGCUGUUAUAAUUACCUCCACUUUUCUCAGAUGAUGUUCUGCUAGAUUUUAGCAUGUGUUUGUGGAGACUUGUGCCCAUUCAGCCUCAAGGAUGUUCAGGUACUGAUGUAGCUGACAUGAGGAGGCCUGGGGUGCAGUCAGCGCUCCAUUUCAUCCCAAAGAUAUUUAGUAGGGUUGAGGUCAGAGCUCUAUAACAGACCAGUGAAGAUCUUCAACCAUGUAUCCACCCCAUGUAAACCAUAUGUUCAUGGAGCUGGCUUUGUCAUGCUGAAACAGGUUUUGGUCUCCUAGUAUAAGACUUCUUAUACAAAUGUGUGCCUCCAGAACAGUUUGGUGAAGAAACACAUAGGCAGGAAAAGUCAGGUGUCCCAAUAUUUUUUGAAUAAUGAGAAAAUAAGUCCUCCUCUGAGCUCAGCCUUCAGAAGUGGUGUGUAAUAAUCUAAACUACAAAAUUUAUUGUUUGGAUGAUUGAGCAAAGUCCACUUUCUUUUAAGCCUCCAUUUUAAAGCUAUAGUGCGAGCUGAAGCAUGGUACUUAGCAUGCUCAUCAUGUUUUGCUUGUUUUAUUUUCCUGAUCCUUUUUUUUACUGUGGAACAUAAUUAACACCCAGUGGCCAAGACUGCCUCUGAAUAUCAUGGCAUGUUUACAGUGCAUUCCUGUACUGUGAUUAUACUGAUUAUAUACAAGCUUUUUUACCCUACAGCCAAAACAACCUUUAUCAUUAGACACAACACACUGUGCAUGUUUAUUAGUGUGGCAAACGGAUGUUCACUUCUGUCGCUUGCUUUUCAGGGGGAAAAAUAUAACUGGGAUCGUGUCUUGAGGCGGGUUUGCUGCAUUUUCUGCCUGUGUACAGGAGCACAAAAAGGAUUUGAGUUCUCAUGAUAAUUAUUCAUUUCGUUUGCAGUGUUUGAAUAGAAUUAUUUUUUUGGGGGGGGAGUGGAUUGUUGUUUUUGUACUUAUAAACUAUCAAUUCAUUCAUUUUAGACAUAUAACGCCAUUUUUAGGUUUCUGGCGCACCGCAUCACAAGUUUUUUUUUUAAUUACAGGACACAGACGUCCCUUUUCUGCUCCUGUACAGUGUAAUGUCACUUUUGUUCACCCACCCCACCCCUAGGGGAAAAACAAUCCUUUCUUUUUAAAAUGCUGAGGAAUGUCCUAAAUGGAAUAAAUGUAUGGUGGAGGAAGUGUGUAUAAAUAUGUACAUUGUAAAUAAGUAUCUAAGUGUAUGUGAACUUGUCCGUUAGCCUGCUGGCCCUGUGGCACGUCCGAUUCAGUGAAGAGAAAUUGUACAGCUGAAGAGGUUAAAGUGAACCCAGUAUGUUCAAGGAUAGAGCACAUUCCCUCCAGAAGGUAUUAUAGAGUGACAAUGGGAAGAAAAUUAGAUUUUGGUCAUUUAUUAUUGCUAAGGUUACUUCGAAGGCUAAAAAAUAUCAUACUUUUUGGGGAAAUUUUGAUUUCAUCGUGCCACUGCAGAUGUUCCUGGGCCGGCCAUGCUUUUUUCUUUUCCUUCUCUCUGACAUAUUUCUGUCUUAAAUCACCAGCAGCCUUUUUUUCUUUACGGAUUCACCAGUGACCUAUUUAGAUGUAAAAAAAAACAUGCAUAACCAGGUAUUUCCUCACAGUAACAUGCAGGUAUCCUCCUGACCUUCACAGGUCAAACCACACCAGCUAUGACUUUUAACAGGAAAUCCAUACCGCUGCACCUCUGGUUCCAUGCGAGCGGGUGAGAGCGAGAGGACUGGCCGUGUAAUGCUCGCUUUCUCACUGCGUUCGUCUUGUAGCUAGGAGAUUUUUUGUUGUUGUUUUUUCAUACGGUGUAUUACGUACAGUAGGAAAUGGGCAAACUGUUUCGGACCGGCUCCUCGACCUCUCUCCCGCUCCUUUUUUUUUUUUUUGCUCUCGAUGUCACUUACUUCUGUGCCUCCGAACCCAUCUGCACCCUCGAACAUGGGCGAGGAUACACUCAUCCUGGGUGAAUUUAAAUGACAGUGUUUUUUAAUUAGGGGUCCUGCAAAUAUGGCCCAGACUCCUGCACAACUGUUUGCUCAUCUGUUUGCUUUCUGUGAUGCAUUAUGCAGCUCUUUUAUGCAACCAUGCACAAAAAAGUUGCACAAAAUUUUUUUCAUUCAUACUUUCUUUUUUCUGUGGGGGAGGUUAAAUUACCCUGUAGAGGUAAAAGCAUCUCAGCAGAUGCGAAAGUAAACAUUCCCACUAAUUAAAGCGCAACCCGCUGAGCAGUUCCAAUAAAGGUCACGCGUAUCCCGGAGAGGGCGUACAGACGGGUGAGUAAGUUAUGCAAAUGUAUACGGCGACACAGUCCUCAGGCUUUCUACUGGCAAUUGCCAAGUUAUUUAUUACAGUUCGAUUUCUUUAUCUAUGCCAACAUCCGGACACUGUGAGAAAGAUCCUGGAGGAACGGUGGCCCGGUAGCACCAAAAAUCAUAUGAAUAGGUAAUGAAACAGUGAAGCUGAUUUGAUAUGAUUUAAAUUGAAGGAAAUGGACCGGCGUGGAGAAAAGCAGGAGUCUGGGUCAUUAAAGGACUGUGGAGCCAACCAAGGUGCUUUUUCAUUCUGUGUGUGCGUGGGCGUGUGUAUGUGUGUGUGUGUGUGUGUGUGUGUGUGUGUGUGUGUGUGUGUGUGUGUGUGCAUACAUGAUGGAAAGGCAGAAAAAAAAGCUUUAUCAAGUUUUAUUUGGUGCCUAAGUUUGACUCUAUUGUGUUUUGUAUUCCAUAUAGAAUGAUGCACUGCAUGUGACUGAUUUCUAAUGUUUGCAUCAUUUUGGUUUUUAAGGAAAUUUCUUAAAAGAUGAAAAAAAAAAAAAGGUGAAAGGCUGAAUUAGUCAAAAAAAAAAAAAAAAAAAAAAAAGGUCACAAAGUAAUCCAUAGGGGAAAAACAUACCUCCUUCAAAGACCAAUGUAUUUUUACCUCAGUGUAUAUAUUCUAUUUGUUUACUUCAAGUUUGCAAAUUUGUUUCUAUGAAAUGCUAAAUCGGAAAAUUCACAUUUUGUGUCAGUGGUACAUUCAUGUGGCAUUGUGCUGUCCUUGUGUCUUCAAAUAAACGUUUUUUUUUUUUUUUUUUUUGAAACCAUCAUCUGUAUUUUAUUUUCUCGUUCUGUUCUUUAGUUCUUAAGUGCUUUAUCAGACAAUGUAUUUUAAUGCCUCUUUCUCAAUUGUGUAGAAAAUGCAUUACGGGCCUUUUUUUGUUAAAAAAGAAAAAAGAAAGAAAAAAGUCUGAAGUGGUUAGUAGGGUAGUGAUUGGUUGCAGAGAGAGAGAAAGAGAGAGCCCUCCCAUGAAGGCUUUGUGGCCCACUUAAUUUUUAAAGCAUUAUUUAUAGACUUUUUAUAGCUUGUACAUACGUACAAAUGAACAACAUAGGAACGUAGGGGAGUGACGCUGAUGUGCCAUUCUAACAUAGUGGACUAGAAAUUGGUGUGAAUAAAAAAAGUUAAUUUCA